AUGGCGACCGAAAUGCAAUCCUUUUAUACCCCAGCUACCUCUCACAUGUCGCGCGCACCGGCAGCCGUGGACGAGCUCAUCAGUAAAUACUCCUCGAGCAUGAACUUGAGCGCGCCCCGGCGUAAUGAGCGUAAUGAACCUCGCAACCCGUUCCGGCACGUCUUCGAUCGCGUACGGCUCAAGUACUACCGCUACGAGGUUACCUUCGGGCUGUAUGUGCUGACGCCCGGCGAGAAGCUCGUUGCGAAUACCUUCGUCUUGAUCGUCGUGGGUCUAUUCCUCUGGGCACUUCUCUACUUUCCGUCUUUGCUCUAUAACAAGGCUGGCAGCUUCGUAUGGCUGCUGACGGGCCACAACGGCCAGGCAGUGGGAACCGCGCUGGGUAUCCCUGACCAGUACGGCAAUUACAGCUCACCUACGGCUGAGAGUGCCCUGUCGUGA